AGGACAGUGUGUGAUAGAGGGUAUGCCCCCCUAUCCCAGCUGACAUUACUACAACACUUGGAUGCUUCUGAGGAAGGCUGUAGUGGCAGCCAAGACAGAUGUGGUAAAAUCUUACAAAAAGGAAGUUAAUUACAACUGUAAUAGAAGUCUAUAUGAACCUUUUUCAGAAUUUCUGUUAAGUGUUAAUAUUCAGACUGGGGACCAAUUUAAAGCGCUUUAAUUUGUCCCCUGUCCGUAGCUCUAGUUGGCAUCAGCUUAACUAUUUUUACCCACUGAGGAUGUUCUUAGAAAUGGAUAUUUCCUCAAGAGAGGGUUAGGGUCAGAGCUACAUUAAUCACACAAAUGAGCUAUUUUGGAUUCAAAACAGUGGAUUUCACUCAAAGGUGACAAGUCUGCACUCCUGUUAAUACAUUAUUAUCUCUGGUUUGCUGGGGACACAGGAGCUUCACGUUUGUUGUUCUGGGUUGAUGGCUGCCUCCAUCAAUGUCAUUGUCUGAAAUGUACAUUCAAAAGCUAUUUAAAACACAGAAGCACUAAAACUCUGGACAUACAAGGCAAAAUUACUAGAGUGAUAAAGAGUUACUAGAGUUACUUGGAUAAUGUUUUUUUAAAUGUCUGAUUAAGUUAGUUGUUGCAAAUGUUUCAAAGGUUGUUCCUCCACGGCUUAUUAAUUAACCUCUGUGUCUUUGAAUAGGAAACUCUUGGUGGCAUGGCUCCUACUAAGGGAUAAGGCAGUACUAAGAUGUGUGCGAAGCUGUGGAAGCUGCCGCCUAAUGUGAGAAGAGGAGACUGCAAGUACAAGCAGGGAAGAGGCAGGAGUAGAGACAGGUGGAGCUGCAGAAAGUGAGGAGGACAGCACAGCAGAGCAGGGAGAGUCAAGUGGGACGAGGCCAAGUGAGACGCAGGCCUACUGUUAGAGGUGGUUGAUGAUGGACUCCCACAGUGAGACCAAGAAGUUGAGCACUUACCUCCCCUGCAACCCCUCCUACGAUGAGACCCGGACAAAUGGCUGCCAGGUCCAAUCUAAAGGCCCAGGCUGCAGCUGGCUGGUGGUGGUAGCAGCUGUAGCGGCCUCCUUGAGUGGCCUGAUGCUGGGCUAUGAAAUGGGCCUGACCUCUGGGGUCCUGCUGCAGCUGCGGGGCCUCCUGUCCCUCUCCUGCCGGGAACAGGAACUGCUGGUCAGCUCCCACCUGCUUGGCGCCCUCCUCAUCUGUCUGGCCGGAGGUCCCAUUCUAGAUCGCUACGGCCGUCGUUGCUCUUUGCUCCUGAGUGCCGGCCUGGUAAUCGGAGGGACCAUAGUGCUCAUCGCCAUCACCUCACUUGUUGCGCUCACACUGGGCCGUGUAAUAGUUGGUAUGGGAACAGCGCUGUCAGGGACGGGAGCGUGUCUGUACAUUGCGGAGAUCUCACCGAGGGAGAGGAGGGGCCUGCUGGUGACCCUGUACGAACUGAUGUUGGUUGUAGGUGUAAUGCUCGGAUUCAGCUGUAGUUACGCCUUUGCUGCUCUGCCCCAUGGCUGGACGUACACGUUUGGACUAGUAAUCCCCCCUGCACUGCUGCAGAUCGGUGUGCUCAUAUUCCUUCCGCCCAGCCCACGUUUCUUGGUGACACAGGGUAAAGUGGAGCAGGCCAGGACAGUGCUAGCCAGAAUGAGGGGUGGGAUAACGGAGCAUGUGGAAGUAGAACUCAGGGACAUCCAGUCUGGACUUAAAGAGGAAUCAGAGCAUAGUUUCUUAGAGUUGUUCAGUACCAAGGCCAACCUGCGUUCACGGCUGCUAACAGGCGUGGCUUUAGUCUUCCUCCAGCAGGCCACAGGUCAGCCCAACAUCCUGUCCUACGCUUCACCACUUCUCCGCAGCGUAGGCUUCAACAGUGAUGCAGCAGCAACCUUGGCAUCCACAGGGUUCGGAGUGGUCAAAGUAGUGGGCACCAUCCCGGCAGUGUUGCUGGUCGACCGUGUGGGACCUAAGAGCUUUUUGUGCGUGGGUGCUGUCGCAAUGGGAAUGUCGCUAGCUGCACUCGGUACAUUGACGCUGCAAAGCCACACUCACCUCACCAGCCUGUGUAAAAGCCACACAAUACUCAACCACACGGAAAUGCAAUGGGAUUCAAACAGAACCUAUAUAGACUUUGACAACAGUGACAUGUUUUCUACUGGCCUCCCCAGCCAAUGGAACAAUGAGGAGGCACAGAGGACUAACCGAGAGGAUGAAGGGACUGGGGGGUCAGGAGGAGGACGGAUUCAUGUAGAAGUGUCUUCCUCACUUAAAUGGGCAUCGCUGAUCAGCUUGCUGGUGUAUGUGGCAGCUUUCUCCAUUAGCCUCGGGCCAAUGGUGUAUGUGGUUCUCAGUGAGAUCUUUCCAAUGGGAGUCAGAGGCAGAGCCGUGUCUGUGGUGUCAGCUGUAAACUGGGCCACGAACCUGCUCAUCUCAAUGACCUUCCUCACAGUUACAGAAAAGAUUGGCGUUCCCAAUGUGAUGUUCCUGUACACUGCCAUGAGCUUCGUUCUACUGGUGUUUGUCAUCCUCUGUGUCCCUGACACCAAAGGACGCACGCUGGAGGAAAUAUCCAAAGAGCUGGCUAAGAAGAAGCAUUUCGAGGUGAGGCUCUGUAAGCAGGUCAAGCCUCAGGAAAGCCUGAUCAGCAGCACGUCCACAGAGAUCCCGGCAAAUAUCUGAGUGCUUCAACAGACCACUACUGCACACCUCACCUGAAGGAAAGUCCUUCAUAAUAAGGGCAAUGAUCAAGAAGGACAUUAGCAGUGUUUAGAGCACGGGGCACACCACAUCUGUACAGCCCUGCAGUUUCAGCUGGUUCCUCUAACAACUGAAUUUUAUAACACUUCCUUCUAGUUACAUAUGCAAAGGAAGAACAUGACAGGGAUGGUGGAAAUAACACACACAGAAUUAAAUAAAAACAACUUAAGUAUUGAACUUACUCCAAUGAGGAUAGCUCAGGGCCUCAUUCUUGCUUGUUAAAAAGCAGUAAUGAAAGGUAAACAAUCAGGAUUGAAUAUGAGAUUAUGUAAAAUAUAUAUUUUACAAGAUUUAUUUAAUUUCUUCUUUUACCUGUACAGUUCCAAUAAUGCUCCAAGAUUUAAAAAUUGACUCCCCAUCAACCUGAUGAAGCCCUUGGAUGAGUGGUGAAACUCUACUCCUCCUUUACAUAUAUAUACAUUAUGUAUAGGUUGUUUCCAUUGUCAUGUGAUGUUGUGAUGGAUAUUUAAAAAAGAAUGGCUCUUUUGGACUAUUAAGGGGAAAUCAAGGAUGUACUAGAAAACAAAAAAAACACUAAUCACCUCAAACCGACAAUGUAUGUACAGUAACACUCUUUGGGUUCUUUGCUGGAUUGCAAAUUAAUUCCUAUACAGUAACAUCUUGAUGUUACUUAUAUGCUGCUCCCUGUCAUAUGUAAUGUAAUAACACUAACAUGGCUGAAACCAGUCAUACCAGUUAUGUUACAGCAGACAUUGUAUUAUCUGACAGAAAUAUGGAUGAUUGUCACAGGAAGAGCUCAGUGUAUGCUCCUUUACAUAUGGGAACCAGCAAUUGAAAAAAAGACAAUGAAUGAACACACUAAGCUCCACUGGCUGGCUACUGAAUCCACAAAACCAUUAAUUAAGGCUUAAAUACUAAAGUCAUCAGGUCUAGCUGUAAUAUUGGAUAGAUGAUACAACAAGUGGUUCUGUUUUAAUGAGUGAGAAGUGAUGAGUUUUGUGUUUUUUAACUUAUGUCAGUGAUGCCAAACGUGUACUUGUCUGAUUAACUAGUGGAAUGUUUUACUGCAAGAAAAUGACUUGUGUGGACCUGUUCACUAUUAAAAUUGCACAUUUUGUAACCUG